GACUUUGGCACUGCCUACUCGUGACAUGCCAUUCCCCGCACACGGGCGGAAGUAUAUCUGUUUCACAUAUCCCCGCGUCCUAGGGAACGCCUUUUUCGAAAUACCAACCAGCACAGCGAGUCUAUCCAACACUACUUUACCGUACCAACAUCACUGCUCCGGAAGGAAUAUUUGAUCGACUAUAAACCAGUAACACAUCCAACCAAUCCAACACCAUGUCUUUUACCCGCCUAACGCCACUCCUCCGCCAGAGGCUCUUCACAUCAUCCGCACGUGCUCGCCAUGUCAUCUCAAUGGAGGAUGCCGCCGCCGCACACCUCACAGCAACAGCCAAUGUCGUUCCCCGGCUUGGACGGGUUGCACGAUGGUAUCUACCAACCAUGGCAGCAGUUGCCCUGGGCAUGAUCUAUCUUCCCCAGAACUUCACAUCCACAGAGACCAGCCGCCGGACAGCCAGGCUCCCCGCGGCCAAUGCCAGCAUCGGCUUUGGCAUCUCGACUGCCUUGAAUGAGGCUAAUCGCAACAUUCAAAUGGGCCUUGAACCUACUCAAGAAGAGAAGAACAUGAUCUUAAUGGAUUCGUAUGGCGAGCGAUCUAGUCUGGAAGACAUGGAGAGAGCCAUUGCCGGCCUGGAAGCAAAGCCCAUGAGCCAGAAGCACAGGAACGUCGCUCUGGCGGAGGCAUAUGGAGAUCGAAGCAGUCUCAAAGACAUGGAGAGGGCGAUGGAAAUGUAUGAGGUCCAGUGAGAGCAUGCAGGACAGUGCACGAUGAAUAAACGACUACCAGCUUCGAGCCAAGUCUGCUUCUGGGGAGGAGACUUGAGAUGAGAGCAGAGCACGAGGGAAAGAGGACAACAUGCGCCCUGGAGGCCGCAAGCCACACCGCCAGGACACAAAACUACCGCCGAGUUUCAAACUCAUGUCGUUGAAGUUCGUGAUCCUCGAGAAGUGACAGGAGGAGGAAAUAUGCGAUUCGCAUCGGAC